AUGGAACAUUUGGACCUGCUGGGCUUCCUAAUCAUCACAUUAAAUUACAAUGUGACUAUUGUGGGAAAGAUCUGGCUUAUCUUCAUGAUUCUGUUGAGGAUGAUGGUGAUCAUUUUGGCAGGGUAUCCCAUCUACCAAGAUGAGCAGGAAAGGUUUGUUUGCAAUACUCUGCAGCCCGGAUGUUCUAAUGUUUGUUAUGACAUCUUCUCUCCUGUGUCCCACUUUCGGUUCUGGCUGAUUCAGAGUGUUUCUGUCCUCCUCCCUUAUGCUGUCUUCAGUGUCUAUGUGCUCCACCAAGGGGCCAUGCACGCUGCAGCAGGACAUUGCUAUUCCGAUAUCAGCAAAGGGGACUACAACUCUUGUGACCAGAUCACUGCAGAGAGGCAUUGCCUGCGGCCAUCCAGGGAGGAGCACAACCUGGACAUCCCAGACUUCUCUUCUGGUUACAUAGCCCACCUCUUUCUUCGCACCUUGAUCGAGGCAGCUUUUGGAGCCUUGCACUAUCUCCUUUUUGGGUUCAUGGUUCCAAAGAGAUUCUCUUGCUCCCACUCUCCUUGCACCAGUGUGGUGGAUUGUUACAUCUCUCGGCCCACGGAGAAGUCCAUUAUGAUGCUUUUCAUCUGGGGAGUCAGCGGCCUCUCCUUCCUCCUCAGUGCCCUUGAUCUGAUGUGCAGCAUGCGGAGAAGGAUGGGGAGGAAGCGAGCACCUAAGCGGGUGGCCAGGACUUCUUCCAGCAGGAGAGAGUGCAAAGUCUUGAAGUUACCUCCUGGCUGCACUGAGGACCUUGUGGCCUCGCGGAGCCUGGGGAGAAGACCUAGCCACAUCAGUGAAGAUGGUGUGUGGGAAGAAGAAGUGCCCACUCACCCAGGCAUGUGGGCUGGAGAGGAGGGUGCUAGGACCAACUUCAACAGUCCCAGUGAGAAGUCCGGUAUGUCAGGAAGGAUGGAGCUUCCAGAUGAGGAUGAGAGUGAGGUGAUGUCAUCAGCCAGUGAGAAGCCAGUCAGGACUCAUCAAGAUCUCCGGGGCAGACUCCACAGAGGGACCACCCAGGAUUCAAGGACUGAGGGUCAUGAUAACUGGGGAGAGCUCCCCUCAGCCCCUCGAAGCCGACUUGCGGGGCAUUAUUCAUCCACUGAGUUACAGCCCCAUGACCUGCUGGCAAACCCCAGCAGUGCUACCCACCUGAGAACCAAAAGGUCUGAAUGGGUGUGA